UUACCAAGUCUCUGAAGAUGUAACCAUGCAAGCUUUCUCUAACACUUAAGAAACCACCAUGCUCUACUUUGCUAAUCCUCUCUUAAAACAUAUCAUUCACAGGAACCACUUUGAUAGCAUUGUGAAGAAGCAAUGUAUCCAAUAUAUAAAAAGUCUAAGAAGCCUACAAUCUGAUGGAUUUAAAACCAUCUUUUUAGGGGAAACAGAUAUUCCUGAACAUCUUGUCACAGGAGAAAACCUGGGGGAUGAAAACUUCACGCGUAACCCUAUAUGGAGUGUCGUACAUGCUGGAAGCAGUCAAGGAUGGGUUCCUUGGAAAUACCGAAUGUUCCUAAGAGAUGAGCUGUGUACCAGACAGGAAGAGGGUCUUUUUCUUGAAUUCUGCAAUGUGGUGAAAAAGAACUAUGGAAAGUGUGUCAUUGUGGUCAGAGAGAAAAAACAAGUAAAUGACAGAAAGCAGGAUGAAGUCACAGAGAAUAAAGAAGUUCAACCAUCAGUUAUUGAUUUAACCAGCAUUUCAUGUUGUCCCAAGAUAGCCAAAGCUAGUGGACAUGAGCUUCUUCCUCUUCCAUCCCCUUACAAUUACCUAAAUCCUUUAGAUUCUGCCUGGUCUUCUCUGAAAUGGUUUAUCAUCAACAACAGGAAAGAAUUUUGUUUGCGGUCUAUUGACAAUGUCUAUUCUUACCAGUAUAUACUUUUCAGUGACUUGAUUGGGAAAGGAAUUGAGAGGAUGACACCGAGCAAAUGGAAAACAGUCAUUAACAAAGUUCGAAGAUGGGAAAACUACUAUCUUGGUAAAUGCUCUUGAAGGAAACUCAGCAAGCAGCUGCCCUUUGCCACUUUUGGGGCAUUCAUUCCUUCACAACUAGAUUCUUUGCUUUCUUUUUUACUGUCUGCAUUGCUCUGGGCCAUUUUGGCACUAACCUCACAUUCCAAUAGAAUACUAAUGCUGGUAGAGCUCUCUGAACUUGGUGGUGGCUGUCAUCAUAUUAUUAAAUCAAAAGAAAUGAGAAUA